AUGUUGCGCGCGAGAGCAUUUCGGCAGACCAACGGGAAGAUUGUGAAGAUACAGGUUCAUCCCACGCAUCCAUGGCUUGUUACGGCCGAUGAUACGGAUCACGUCUCCGUCUGGAACUGGGAGCAUCGUCAGGUGAUUUAUGAAUUGAAAGCCGGCGGUGUUGACGAGCGCCGUUUAGUUGGUGCCAAGUUAGAGAAGCUUGCCGAGGGAGAUUCCGACUAUAAAGGCAAGCCCACUGAAGCCAUUCGAGGAGGAAGUGUCAAGCAGGUGAAGUUUUAUGAUGACGAUGUGCGUUACUGGCAACUGUGGCGCAAUCGCUCUGCAGCUGCUGAAUCUCCAUCAGCUGUCGAUCAUCUCACUUCUGGUUUCACUUCUCCUGCUCCAUCGACUAAAGGCCGGCAUUUUCUGGUCAUCUGUUGCGAGAAUAAAGCCAUUUUCUUGGACUUGGUGACAAUGCGUGGUCGAGAUGUGCCAAAGCAAGAACUUGACAACAAGUCACUUCUCUGCAUGGAGUUCCUUACCAGAUCAUCUGGUGGUGAUGGCCCUUUAGUUGCAUUUGGUUCAACUGAUGGUGUUAUUAGGGUUUUAUCAAUGAUAACAUGGAAGCUUGCACGUAGAUAUACAGGUGGCCAUAAAGGAUCAAUUUAUUGCUUGAUGAAUUUCAUGGCAUCAUCUGGCGAAGCACUCCUUGUUUCAGGUGGCAGUGAUGGCUUACUUGUACUGUGGAGUGCUGAUCAUGCUACUGAUUCAAGGGAUCUUGUACCCAAGCUUAGCUUAAAGGCACAUGAUGGUGGGGUGGUGGCUGUUGAGCUGUCAAGGGUAAGUGGCAGUGCUCCACAAUUGAUUACAAUUGGUGCUGACAAGACAUUGGCCAUUUGGGACACGAUGACAUUUAAGGAGCUGCGGAGAAUUAAACCUGUCCCGAAGCUAGCUUGCCACAGUGUUGCAUCUUGGUGUCACCCUCGAGCACCAAACCUUGAUAUUUUGACUUGCGUUAAAGAUUCACAUAUAUGGUCUAUUGAGCAUCCAACUUAUUCGGCCCUGACGAGGCCAUUGUGUGAACUUUCUUCCUUGGUUCCCCCUCAAGUACUUGCAACCCACAGAAAACUUAGGGUCUAUUGUAUGGUUGCACAUCCUCUACAGCCACAUCUCGUUGCAACUGGCACUAAUGUUGGUAUUAUAGUUAGUGAAUUUGAUCCUCGUGCCAUCCCGUCUGCAGCUCCUCUACCAGCACUGUCUGGAAGUCGGGAGAAUUCAGCUGUAUAUAUCCUUGGAAGAGAACUAAAGCUCUUGAACUUUCAAAUAUCCAACUCAGCCAGCCCAUCCCUUGGAAAUAAUAGUGCUUUAUCCCAAUCAGGGAUGUCUAUGGGAGACCUAGGUGAACAGAUGACUGUAAAGCAGACCAAAAAGCAGAUUGUGGCACCUGUUCCGCAUGAUUCAUACUCGGUUCUUUCUGUAAGCAGUUCAGGGAAGUAUGUGGCAAUUGUAUGGCCUGAUGUUCUGUACUUCUCUAUCUACAAGGUCAGUGACUGGUCCAUUGUUGAUUCUGGAAGUGCAAGACUUUUGGCUUGGGAUACAUGUCGGGAUAGAUUUGCAAUACUAGAAUCUGUGUUACCUCAAAGGAUGCCUAUAAUCCCAAAGGGUGGUUCAUCAAGAAAGGCGAAAGAAGCCGCUGCAGCCGCAGCUCAAGCUGCUGCUGCCGCUAAUGCAGCUUCAUCAGCUAGUGUCCAAGUUCGUAUUCUCUUAGAUGAUGGAACCUCAAACAUACUCAUGAGAUCUGUAGGAGGUCGCUCUGAGCCGGUCAUUGGUCUGCAUGGUGGUGCUCUUCUUGGUAUAGGCUAUCGCACAUCCCGUAGGAUUAGUCCUCUUGCUGCAACAGCUAUUUCAACCAUUCAGUCGAUGCCACUCUCAGGAUUUGGAAACAGCAAUGUUUCUUCGUUUUCUAGCUAUGAUGAUGGUUCUUCGCAGAGAACAGCUGAGUCCGCACCCCUAAACUACCAGCUCUACAGUUGGGAAAAUUUUGAGCCAGUAGGUGGUAUGCUACCUCAGCCAGAAUGGACAGCAUGGGACCAAAGAGUUGAGUAUUGUGCUUUUGCUUAUCAACAAUACAUGGUCAUAUCGUCCUUGCGCCCUCAGUAUAGAUAUCUUGGUGAUGUUGCUAUUUCACAUGCUACUGGAGCUGUUUGGCAUCGCAGGCAGCUGUUUGUGGCCACACCAACCACAAUUGAAUGUGUUUUUGUGGACGCGGGAGUUACUGAAAUUGAUAUAGAGACUAGGAAAAUGAAAGAAGAAAUGAAACUUAAGGAGGCGCAGGCUAGAGCGGUUGCAGAGCAUGGAGAGUUAGCCUUAAUAACAGUAGAAGGUGCCCAGAAUGCCAACCAAGAAAGGAUAUCUUUGAGGCCUCCCAUGCUGCAGGUGGUGCGUUUAGCUUCUUUCCAAAAUGCUCCAUCUGUUCCACCAUUUUUAUCAUUGCCGAGACAGUCUCGAGGUGAUGGCGAUGACAUGGAUGAAAGAAGGACCAAUGAGGUAGCUGUAGGUGGUGGGGGAGUCUCAGUGGCUGUUACUCGUUUCCCCGUGGAACAAAAGCGACCCGUGGGGCCACUUGUUGUUGCUGGUGUACGGGAUGGAGUUCUUUGGCUCAUUGACAGAUACAUGUGUGCCCAUGCCAUAUCACUGAGCCAUCCUGGUAUCCGCUGUCGCUGUCUUGCUGCGUACGGAGAUGCUGUUAGCGCAGUUAAAUGGGCAAGUAGGCUUGGGAGAGAACACCAUGACGAUCUAGCACAGUUUAUGCUAGGGAUGGGAUACGCAACAGAAGCUCUUCAUUUGCCUGGAAUAUCUAAGAGGCUGGAGUUUGAUUUAGCGAUACAGAGCAACGAUCUGAAGAGGGCACUACAUUGUCUUCUCACAAUGAGUAAUAGCAAGGACAUUGGACAGGACAGUGUAGGCCUUGAGUUGAGUGACAUUCUCUCUUUGGCAGCUGAGAAGAAAGAAGAUGUUGUUGAAGCUGUGGAGGGAAUAGUGAAAUUUGCAAAGGAGUUUCUUGAUCUUAUAGAUGCUGCAGAUGCCACUGGACAGGCCGACAUUGCUCGUGAAGCUCUCAAAAGACUGGCCACUGCAGGUUCGGUCAAAGGCGCUUUACAGGGUCAUGAGCUGCGAGGCCUUGCAUUACGCCUGGCAAAUCAUGGAGAAUUGACACGCCUAAGUAGUUUGAUAAACAAUCUGAUCUCCAUAGGCCUCGGGCGAGAAUCGGCAUUUGCUGCUGCAGUUCUUAACGACAACGCGCUCAUGGAGAAGGCAUGGAAAGACACAGGAAUGCUCGCAGAAGCCGUGCUACAUGCCCAUGCAAAUGGUCGUCCAACGCUAAAGAACCUGGUCCAGGCUUGGAAUAAAACGCUUCAGAAGGAAGUCGAGCAAGCUCCAUCUUCCAAAACCGAUGCUGCAAGUGCGUUUCUGGCUUCUCUUGAAGAUCCAAAGCUCACGAGUUUAUCUGAUGCAUCCAAAAAACCUCCGAUCGAGAUUCUUCCUCCCGGAAUGUCUUCAAUCUUUGCUUCCAUUACUGCUGCUCCCAAGAAACCUCUACUUACACAGAAGACUCCACAGCAAGAACCAGGUAAGCCAUUGGCUAUUGAAGAAGCAGCUAAACCAUUGGCUAUCGAAGCUCCUCCAUCUUCUGAACCAACACAGACUGAAUCAGCGCCUGAAACUACACCUGUUCCUGAGUCAGCUGCACCUGAAACUGCAGCUGCUGGUGAGUCAGCAGCACCUGAAACUGCAGCCGUUGCUGAGUCAGCAGCACCGGAAACUGCAGCCGUUGCUGAGUCAACACCAACACCAACCACUGUGGAUGGACAAGUGACAGAGACAGUUUCUGAGCCUACUCCGGUAGAGAAGGAGGAAACAUCUUUGGAAGACAAAAGCGAUCCGUCUUCAACUCCAAACACAGAAACAACUGUAGCAACAGAAGAUAAUAGCCAAGCAACAACGCCAACGCCAACGCCGCCGCCGCCACCGCCACCGCAGCCUGAAACUGUUACAACAACAGUGAAACCAACAGAGAACGCAGCACCCGUGAGGCCACAAGUAACCUAUCCUCCAAUAAGAAGCCAACCAAUUGAUUUUGAUUUCUUGAAUGGCUAA